AUGAACAACCAACAAGCCGGAGCCCCCGCCAACGCCAACAACAAAGACUACCUCGAUAAGGGCCUCGAGUCGGCGGAGAAGAAGUUCGGCGGCGCAUGGGGCCAGAACACGGAGAAGAACCGCGGCAUCAACGAGAAGAUCACCGAUGGCGCGCGGGGCCUAUUUGAAAAGGCUACGGGGAAGAAAGUCCCUAACAAGGUCAGCAACUAA